CUCACUUGACGAUCAUGGCAACAGAUCCAGGCACGUCAAUUCCGCCAACAGGUGAGCAGGGAACAAAAACCACUACUCCUCCGACUGGCACUGGAACACCACCCACAAAUGGUGCGACCGACGGAACAGAUUCAAUCACAACUACUAGCCAGUCAAGUUCGGGCACCUCUGAAUCUCCUUCCUCAACUUCCUCUUCAUCCUCAAGCUCAUCCUCGUCUUCAUCAUCUGAAUCCUCUUCAUCUUCAUCGUCAUCUUCAUCAUCUUCAUCUUCUUCAUCAUCAUCUUCGUCUUCAUCAUCUUCGUCUCCUUCUUCAUCUCCAAGUUCUUCAUCAUCUCAUUCUCAGUCUACGACCACCCAACCACCCUCGAGUCCUGACUCACCAUCAAAGACGACGGGGAGCACUUCUUUCACGACUUUCGUCACCACUGCCUCCAAUGGCCAGCUGACCACGGUCGUAUCACCCCUCCCGUCACUCUCGACCCCUUCUAGCUCCAAUUCUACCAACGUUAAUCGAACCGCUGUAAUUGCGGGGUCCACCGUCGCGGGCGUCGUCCUUCUUCUUCUAAUCCUAGCCGCUGUCUUCGUCACCAGGCGGCACCAAAACCGCAGAACCAGCUUUAUUCGAUCUCUUCUUCAGCGUGCACGCGAAGGCAGAGGCGCCGGGAGUGUCGGCUUACUUGACGACGAGUUCGACGAUGAUGGAGAUGUCCCAAUGACACGAUAUCGGGAUGAUGUAGCUGGUCAUCCGAGGUCAGCUUCAGGGCCCUCACUUCAUACACCGACCCCGAGUUUCAGCGGAAGUGGACGAGGUCCAACUCCCCUUCCAACGAUGCCUAUGAACCCGCACUCAUCGCCGAUCGUUGGUAAUUUCUCAGGGGCAGUUGUACCUAACACCGUUGGUCCAGGCUCAACUACUGUAGGGGCUUUAGCCAAUACAUCCACAACUUCUGUCAACACAAAAACUACUACCCCUUCACUCUUUCGGGCACGCGCGCACGAUUCGGGGAGUAUAUUCCACGAGGAGUUAUCUGAAAACACUGCUCAAACGAGUAACUUCGUGGAUCCGCUGUUGACCAGAAGCGAGGAGAUAGAUUUUUCCACCAUUAUUGACGACGUUAUGGGGCCCUCGCCGACAUCGCCGAACGGCAGUAGGUCUGCAGGAAUAACGGGAGCCGCAGCUGUUCCUUUUAGCAAACCUCCAGUUCACGUUUCUUCUCCGAGCCAAAGUUCAUCCAUUUACGAUCCAUUCUCGGCAAAAACCUCCUCCUCUUUCUAUAGCUCACACGCCAAAGACAUCUCAACGGCUUCCUCUACUUCGAUUGACUCGACCAGUCCCACUAGUCUCUUGGGCUUACCUGCUGGGACAUCUCCUGUCAAGAAAUCCAGCCCGUUGGUUGCAAGUACAACAUCCGCAUCGACCGCGCUAUCACCCGCUGCAAAUAGAUCACCACCUUCGUCCUUCGCUCCUCCACCUAUACCAGCGAGAUCUCCGAUGCGCACGCCCUCGCCGAAACGUUCGAUUAUAGAGAGUCCUCCGGCCGUGUUCACUCCUCCUUCGAGAAAUAUAAAUUGGAUAGAGAGGUCUCCAAAUAGGAAUAGCCAUGCCUCGCUAACGAGGACCAGUUCAGAAGAGGGCGGAAAUAAGGGUGGGGUUGGACAAGCGAUAUAA